AUGGCUCAAUCACCAACAUCGGACGACCACCGUGGGAACAACUUCUCACACAAACCCCGUCUGCCUUCUUUCAGCAACUUUCUCUCAGGCACUGGCCGUCCGGACUUGAAUUUCAUACAACCCAGGCCAGGAUUGAACCGCAGAGAUUUUCUUCCCGUGAAUCACGAGGCAUUGAACCGCCAAACUUCGACCCCAUCCUCGUAUCCUCCUUCCGAAAGGCUGGCAGCACCGCUACCGGACGUCAAUUCCCGAUUACACGAUCACCAUCCAGAGCAAACUCAAUCCCCCUUUUGGCCGUUUACCAGUUCGGCUCCGUCAGACAGGACGGCUGCAACCUUUGGUGCUUUUCCUCCAGGGCCAGCUCCGGAUCGUACACAUGGUCGAACGAUUGUGAGGGAGGAGCUUGUACCGGGCAAAGGCCUCUGUUACGUUUACGACGACGGAAGUGUUUGUCAGAAGAACGCCGAUGGCGAGCCUGUCAAUCCCAAAUGGGGGACCACCAAGGCUGGAAAGCCAAGGAAGCGGCUGGGCCAGGCAUGCAACACGUGCAGGGAGAAGAAGAUCAAGUGUGACCCCAGUGUGCCCAAGUGCGCCCAGUGCAGGAAGUUUGGGCGUGAGUGCAAGUUUGAUGCCGGCCCUCGUACCGGACAGAAGCGAUCGGGAUCGUUGCCGUCAGCAUACUCCUCAGCGUACUCUUCGCCCGUAGAACAAAUGUCCGAAAGGCCUUCUGGACGAAGAGAGUCGACGGCCUCAGCAGACUUGAUAGGUCCAGAGUCGCCUCUAUCAAAACCUGGGAAUAGAUCCUCUCUCCCGUUGGAGAGCCUUUUGUCUCCAGUAUCGACCGAUGACCAUGCCAACGACGAUGGUUUGGAUAGGAGGCCACCGUCAAAGAGGGCUAGGUUAUCUGCAUCGCCACGGCCCGUCUCUGAAGGCGGUCUAUCCGACGGGUUCAGUAUCGAAUCGCUGUUAAACACGUCAUCCACACCCUCAUUCUCGUGGCAGAAUGACCCUUACGAACUUCACCGGGGCUUGACCCUAUACUAUGUCGGCAAAUACUUUGCACAUGUGGACAGCACAGCAUAUUGCACAUUACCGAGAAAGAAAUUCACUAGCUGGGUGGAAACUCGCACCUCGAAGUCUGCGGAGGACAAGAUGUUACUCUAUGCGAUUUUGGCCCUAGGGACAGUGUUCGCACGACGCGCCGGUCGAGACACUCAUCGCUCGGUGUUCCUCGACAUCGUCCAUGAUGCCGUAUUGCAAUGUGGCGACACGCUGAGCUUACAAUUAGUUCAAACCCGGCUGAUUUUGGCCUCUCUUGCCUUAUCCCAAGGUGAAUACAACCGAGCUUGGGAUUUCUGCGGUGCGGCGUUGCGGACCGCAUUCGGACUCGGAUACAACACUGAAGAGGGUGUGCGAGUGGUGUGUGAUGCCGGUCGACUGGACUUCGACUUGGACUUUGCAACAUUGGUGGAAUGCCGCAGGAGGACGUUCUGGUCAGCGCACAUCAUGGAUUGCUUCAGCGGCUGCAUCCCUGCCUCUGUCAAUUCAAUGUAUCGCUCGGACUGUCACCUACGACUACCCUGCAACCAGGCCGCAUACGAGACGGGCGACAUUCUGCCUACCGCCUUUGACUUGACCAUCCCUCCCAAUCGCCGCGAUGGCCCAAGGGACCUGGCUGAACAAAUAUCUCAUGUCGGGCUUCUGGGGUACCUCGUCCAGAUCGCCACAAUCUUCCAUGAGGUAGUUAGCAAAAUCAGUCGACCGAGGUCUCGAAUAGGGACCAACUACAGUGUCUUCUUGGAGACAUUCCGGCACGAUAUCAUGAACAAGUUGCAGUCAUGGCAUGGACACCUCGCAUCUCACUUAAGAAGCUCGCGCAGGGACAACAGCAGCGCGGAACCUGUCAACGGCCUCCACAUCCUGUAUCAUUAUACCGCGUUACUGCUCCAUCGUCACGUACGACAUGCCGAGAUGAGUCAACGGCAAAUCGACGCCCACAUCCAAGGCGCCUAUGACCACGCCCGGCUGAUGUUGGAAAUGGUGCAGAGACUGAGCAACAAUGAGGAACGGGACGCCGCCCUGUUCCGUUUCACCACUACCAGUCCCUUUAGUGGCUACGCCAUCACUUCGGCCCUAGACACGAUUACGGCAGCAGGGAUCCUGUCGGAAGUGAUGAACCAGAAGAGCCAGACAAUGUCACUGAUCUCCAGCGGCCUCGAAGCCUUGGAGAGCUUGAUGGAAUUCUGGCACAGCGCGCACCAACAGCGCGAUAUGAUCAAGCAGAGACUGAAGACGUUGUUGAAUGCCAGCAAAAGCGCGUCAGACUACAACGGAGCCUUUUUCUUUGCGAACCCCAUGCAAAGCCCUUUCGGCUUAGACCAGGACAUCAUUUAUGGAUUGCCUCGCAUGCGUUACUACCAGGCGUUGGGAUGGCAUAACAAAAUUCAGACGAGGGGAGAGUUUCACCAGUUGGACCGGGAGUAG